CCUCCUAUAGUCGUAUAUCAAAUUAACAUGCAAAAGUGUGGUUUUCUGUAGGCGUUUAAUAAAUUGAGGAAGUAUUUCAUAUUUUCAAGCAAAAGUGACUACAUCUCUCGAGCUGUUUUUGAUUUUAAACUGAACUUGAAGAGGCGGGAAAAUGUCCGUCCAUUUUUCUAGACCGACAACCACAGAAGAAAAUAUAACUUGUACAAACAUAUCGUGUAUACAUGGGGCUUGUGAGUCUGGCUCUUGUGUGUGUGAAGUUAAAUUUUCUGGCAAUGCUUGUAAAGACCCCAACCUCGGAUAUUAUAUUGGAUUUGGAAUUGUUUUUUACCUAAUAUCUUUUAUUUCGUUGCUACAGCUGGUGUUUUGCAUUCGAAGUGAGCUCCAGCGUAUGGCCAGACCUCAGUUUUGGAAGGCCUGUCAUGUAACUAUCCAAAAAUUACUUUAUUUAUACGUGAUUGUUGCAGCUGGAAGCCGAGGAGUUUAUUAUACAACAGAGGUAACAUUACCACAACAGUGGAGGGUUGAUUUAUUUGAUGUAUACUAUCCAUUUGUAAUAUGCUCAUUCACCGCUUUAAUUUGUUUUUGGGCAGAGGCAUUUCAUCUAUCUGGCUGGACAGCAGAGAAAUCUCAAUUUCUAAAGAAAUCAUCACAGUUUUUCAUAGUAUUUAAUUUAUUCAUCUUCACAGUCACAUUAGCUCAAAUAAUUACAACCAAGACAGUCAAAGACUCUAAAACUCUGAUGUUGUUGGCCGAUGUCUUCUCUGGUUGUUUUGUUUUCUUAAUGUUCACAGUUUUAUUAUUCUUUCUAAUUUAUGGCAUUGAAAUAUUUUGCAAGGUUGAAGGAGCUUUCAAGUCUGGAUCAAAUGUUAUCAACUGGACUCAAUUAAGCAUGUCAAGACUUGGCUUAGUUGCUCAGUCUAUAUUUCAGCUUUCUGCAGCAGUUUUCUUUUUAUGUGAUGUUUUACAAAGAAAAUGGCAAUAUAGUACCGGUGUCGAGAGCAGAAAUGCCCUAGAAAUUGUUGCACGAAUAUCUGAACUAGCAGUAGCGCUAUGGUUUCCUUGUGUUUUAUGGAACUGUUUUAGUUCGAAAGAACUAUGGAUAUUAAACCCCAAAAAACUUAUUAAAGUACCUUUGAUAGAACAGGCAGUCAGUGAAGAUGAGACUACUGUGCUUCUAGGAGGACAGAAGUGUUAUAAUACUAUGAAUGAAAAUCAAGUAAAACCAAAUAAAUAUGAUUGUUGGGUGUGUUACGAUGCUGACCGCCAAGAUGCGGGUGCUAUGAUAUUUCCUUGUAAAUGUAAAGGCGAUGUUGCCGCUGUACAUCAAAACUGUCUCAAACGUUGGUUAAUGGAGCUAUCACUUGAUUCUAAUGAAGUCCCGAGAUGCAGAGUUUGUAAGACGAAGUACAUAAUAAAAGAAGAUAAAAGAUGUGUUCCUAGUGGCUUUAAAUUUAGGCAUUACGUCCAAACAUUCUUUAUCAUUGCUGUUAUGAUCUCGGUCGCAGUGGGCACAUAUCGUUUUUGUGUGGAUAACGAAUCAACUCUGUCCAAAGUUGGCUUUGUUGGCAUUGCUUUACUAUGUGAAUGUAUACUCUUUAGGUGGCUUGGUUUCAGUUUUGUCGCUGCUUAUCAACGCGUCCGAUUAGCUGCAAUUAUCGUUAUUGGCCGUGCAGUGGAAAGUAGUGACUCGGAAUAUUAAAGGUUAUCGUGACAAUAAUUAUUAAUGUGAUAAUUGUGACUUCCCCACCUUGUUAUUAUUCGUUGAUGGUAAACCCGAAAAUCCUUGCUGAUGUACCAUAAUCGCGGAUUACUGUUAGUGAUCAUUGAUGGUAACAGAUAAUCGUUACCAUCACCAGUGUAUUAUUGAUUGAUCGUGCAUCCCGAAGAUUAUUGUUGAUGUACCAUAAUACUGUUAAUAAUGAUCAAUGACGGUAACAGAUAAUCAUCAUUACAAGUCCCAAGUUCCAUGUUGAUCAUGAGGGCAAACUGGUAUCACAGUAGUUAAAACAAUUGAAAAGAGUUGCACUUUUCCUGGCCUCCUAUAACUUGCAUUGGAAGUCUUUAUUGUGAAGCAGUAAUGACAUUGUCGAUGGUAGACAAUCGUUACGUUAGACACCUUCGAAGAACUUAGUGAAAGGACUUGAUCAUUUUCCAUUGCACAAUAAGACUCGUAAGAUGAGGUCAAUAAUUGGCCCAGUUAAUAUUGUAUAUCUAUAUACUACCUAAAUUUUUAUAAGCAAAAACGAAUCACUGUGCACUGUGUGAGAUCUUAAUGAAGCUUUAAUUCUGGGUUUUUGGUAUCACCUGUAGUAUGGUGUAAAGAAUAGGGAAUUUUGUGAAUGUGUACUAUUUAUUGCCUAGUUAAGUUUCUAGGUAAUUUGGGUACAUUGGUAUUUAAUAAAAAAAGUACCGGGUAUUUGCACUGGGUCUAAAUUAUUUAUAUCUUUGAAACCAAAUGCUGUAUUGUGAGUGAGUUGUAUUUUGUGUAA